GGAAAAUGAGAAGCGAGACGAAGGAAAUGUUGGUAAAAUGACAGAUGCAGGGAAAACAAAAGACUUGUAUACGAUUAGGGAUGUCACGCAUGAUUUCAUCGUCACGGUCCACGGACGCGGACAGGUUCUCCUCAUAGGUCUUGGUGUAGACGGUAACAUUCGGGCGGUUCCCACUGAUAACAGCAGUGCUGUUGGGAUUUGUGUCUCCCUGUUACAGCUCACCCUCACUGAGAAUGGGGGCAUGGUACUGGCCCCAGCCAACCUUGACCUCAUCUGUACUAUAGAUAGUGAGGACCUCACGGGGGAAAUCAACCUCAUAAGUGGUGUCCCUAUAGAGGUGGCAGACAGGACUCUUAGGAUAUAUCAGGGAGGUGUCCCAAGCUGUAAACUACCCCCUACCCCAGGGAUCACAGUCAAGUCCUCACCCCCACCUAAACCAAAGAGAGAAGGGGAGAUAAUACUGGUAAGGUCGGGCCACAAUGGGGAAUCAAAUAUUAGAAUCAUAGACCCUGAACUUCUGACCAACAUCAAAUCAACAGACAAACUGGCAGACCUGGCCGCGAGCUUUCUGACCAAACAGAUCAACCAGUACACAGACACCAAACUGUCGUCAGCAAUCACAGACCAAAUCUUCUCCUUCUUACAGGAGGUAGCGGGUUACCAGCGCGCCGUGAUAGUGGCGUACAUCACCGAGAUAUCUCAGAGUCUCGAGGAGAUGCCCGAGUCUGAACGAGAUCGACCGCUUCACAAACCGUCCGUCAGACUGCUAGUGGAACUACUCAGACAAAUCAUGGACCCCCUGUCUCAUGUUGUGUUGAGCCUACAACUAUUGCGGACAUUCAGCCAUUUUUCUGAUAACCUGGUUGUCAUGGUGAACUGUCAGGCCGCGCCAGCAGUGUUGGGUUGUAUGGCCGUUUAUCUGGACGUCACGGAGAUCCAACAGUACGGGCUGGACAUACUGGCCAGAAUAGCCAGCUACCGACCAAGACUGGCCGAAAAAAUUCCCCUGAGAGAGACGGCCCUAGAGAUGAUCCUUCGAUCUAUUCAGCGUCAUCAGAAGAGCAUCCUUAUUGUGCCCCCCGGCUGUAGAACGCUCGUUAAUCUCACCUGUAGCCUUCAGGAAAAUCUCGACAACUUCCUCUCCUCAGACACAGAAUUUUCACCGGAGGUCGAGGAAGCUGUAGAGAGAUACGACGCUUUACUGAGACACAUCUUCCAGCACGCUGUCCCCGUGAUCCAGUCCGUACUACAGGAAUACCCGAACAACUUGGACGUGAAGACCGAGGGUCGACGAUUCCUCUACAACUACUCUAAAAUGACACAGUUCACGCAAAAGAAAAAGUUACAAGCUCUAUCUACAUCAACACAAGACGAGGAAAGUCAGGAGCUCACAGAGACGUUAACCACCCCCAAAAUGUUUGUAUCUAACGACCAGGAAGAGGAGCCCACGGGAAUUCUCAAAAAGACGGAAGAGAAAGGUUACAUGGCUGCCCUGGAUCGCAAAGUCCACUUUGCCGACAAAGAACCACUGGACUCCAUGACCAGCUCAGAGGACGAAUCUGACCUUGACCUUCAGACUACAGAGGUCAAGGCCAGGUUAGAGGUACAGGAGACUGUUAUUCUGAGUGAGGAGGCUGCUGAAGCUCUGAGAUUAAAAUCUGUCUCAAGUCAGGAGGGUGUUCAAAUGAGACGGAAAGAAACAGAAAAGGAUGAGACACGAGAGAGACGGUACACGUCGGAAAUGAAAAUUAACGUGAGUGGGAAGGGCCAGAUCCAGGAGGUGGUCGCCAAGUGUGGUCAAACAGACAUCACCAUAGCAACCAACCCCACCCCUAGCAACCCAGUGUCCAUAUUUUGUCCUACGGUAAAUUGUAGAGGUCAUGUAAUCAACUCGGAGCCCAUUUGUCAACCUGACCAGAUGUUUGAUGUGAAUGAUAUUCCAGCAGAGGAAAAUGGAUCUGAACGAAUUUUAUCUAAAGACAAUGAAGACACAAACAGAAAUAAAGAUGGGAGUUCCACUCUUAAUGAAUGUCAGACAAAUAAGCUAAGAGAAUAUGACAGGAAAGAGGAUAGUGCUGUGUUAGAUCCGUCUCGGCAACAAACAUUAGACACAACAAUUGCUCAGUCUACAAACUCUCUGGACAAGAGUAACACUCAAUCUUCAAACUCACAGGAUAAGAGUAAGGCUCAAUAUCCAAACCCACAGGACAAGAGUAACGCUCGGUCUUCAAACUCACAAGACAAGAGUAAUGCUCAGUCUACAAACCCACAGGACAUGAGUAACACUCAGUCUACAAACCCACAGGACAUGAGUAACACUCAGUCUACAAACUCACAAGACACAAAUAAGACUGUAUCUCUGAUCUCACAGGAUUCUACAGAGGAGGAAGAUUAUGUACCAAUGGAUUGGCCUCACACUGAUGGCCUCGGGACACAAGAGAAUGGAGAGACUUGUGAAGAAGUCUGUUUGAGAGAGAACAGGUCAGAAGUAACGGGAGUUUACAAACCCACUGUCAGAUGUAACGUUAUCUACCAAAGUCACAGGCUACAGGUGACUCACCACAUCAUCUCUUUGGUGUUUGAAGGUAAAGAUGCUCAGGCUCUCUCUGUCAUUGACAAACCCCUGCACAGUCUUUUAGAGGUCAGUGGGGCACCACAAGGGUUACAAGUGUAUGUCAAAUCUCAGUACAGCGACAGUAAAACCUUGAUGGACCUUGAUACAGCUUUCCUCAUCAGCAUUAUAGACGCCAUUAGAUACAGGUCUCUCUUUCAUGACCUUGUUCAGAAGAGUGUCCUUGAGGUCAUGAACUGUAUGUUUGGUAAAUACAGCCUUGAUGUCCUGAAGGUGGCCUUGACCUGUUUGACCUCUGUGUUCCAGACAUGCCAAUCUUUCCCCAGUUAUCAG